AUGUUGAAUACUGUUCUCACCAAGCUCAUCGGUACCAAGCACGACCGCGAGCGCAAGCGCCUGCAGCCGAUGGUCGACGCCAUCGGCGCCCUCGAGGCGGAGAUCCAGCAGCUCUCCGACGACCAGCUGCGGGCAAAGACAGCCGAGUUUCGUCAACAGCUGGAACAGGGCCGUAAGCUCGACGAUCUCUUGAUCGAAGCCUUUGCCACGGUGCGCGAGGCGGCGGUGCGCAGCCUUGGCAUGCGCCACUACGAUGUCCAGUUGAUCGGCGGCAUCGUGCUUCACAACGGCAAGAUCGCCGAGAUGAAGACCGGUGAGGGCAAGACCUUGACCUCGACCCUGCCGGCCUACCUCAACGCGCUGCCCGGCAAGGGCGUCCACAUGGUGACGGUCAACGACUACCUGGCACGGCGUGACGCCGAGUGGAUGGAGCCGGUGUUCAACGCCCUCGGCAUGGAGGUCGGGGCAAUUCAGAACAACAUGGGCGAUGCCGAGCGUCAAGAGGCCUACAGCCGAGACAUCACCUACGCCACCAACAACGAGCUUGGCUUCGACUACUUGCGCGACAACAUGAAGUUCGACUUUGCGGCGAUGGCUCAGCGCGGCCACCAUUACGCCAUCGUCGACGAGGUCGAUUCGAUCCUCAUCGACGAGGCCCGUACGCCGUUGAUCAUCUCCGGUCCGUCGGAAGAGGGCACCGACAAGUACUACACCAUCAACCGCAUCAUCCCGCGUCUCGAACGCGGCGACGAGCACGAAGACGAAGAACGCGGCAAGUACACCACCGGCCACUUCCUGGUCGACGAGAAGGCACAGACCAUCAGCCUGACCGAGGACGGUGUCGCCCACGUCGAGCAGUUGCUGGGUAUCGAGAACCUCUACGAGAUGGAGAACAUGGAGGUCCUGCACAGCGUCAACCAAGGGCUGCGCGCACACCACCUCUUCAAGCUCGAUGUCAACUACAUGAUCACCGACGGCGAGGUGGUGAUCGUCGACGAAUUCACCGGCCGACAGAUGCCCGGCCGGCGCUGGUCCGAUGGACUUCAUCAGGCGGUCGAGGCCAAAGAAGGGGUCAAAAUCAAGCGCGAGAAUCAGACCCUCGCCACGGUCACCUUCCAGAAUUAUUUCCGGCUCUACGACAAGCUCGCCGGCAUGACCGGUACGGCCGACACCGAGGAAGCCGAGUUCGGCGAGAUCUAUGAGCUCGACGUGGCGGUGGUGCCGACCAACGAGCCCAUGGCGCGUGUCGACCAUCCGGACGUGGUCUUCCGCACCGGACCGGAGAAAUGGGAUUCGGUGGUCGAAGACAUCCGCGACUGCCACGAGCGUGGCCAGCCGACCCUGGUCGGUACGAUCUCGAUCGAGAACAGCGAAAUGCUGUCCAAGCGGCUCAAACGCGAGCGUGUCCCGCACGUUGUCUUGAACGCCAAGUACCACGAGCGCGAGGCAGCGAUCGUCGCCCAGGCCGGGCGCAAAGGGGCGGUAACCAUUGCCACCAACAUGGCUGGUCGCGGCACCGACAUCGUGCUCGGCGGUAGUCCACCGGCACUGGCCCGGGCCGAAGCAAACCCGGAGACCGAGCCCGAAGACUACGCCAAGGCGCUAGCUCACUACACCGAGAGUUGCCAGGGCGAGCGCGACCUGGUGCUCGCGGCCGGCGGUUUGCACAUCCUUGGCACCGAGCGCCACGAAUCACGGCGCAUCGACAACCAGCUGCGCGGCCGCUCCGGUCGCCAGGGCGAUCCGGGCUCGUCGCGCUUCUUCCUCAGCUUCGAAGACGACCUGAUGCGGAUCUUCAUGGGCACCGAUCGGAUCAAGGGCAUCCUCGACCGCAUCGGCAUGCAAGAGGGCGAGGCGAUCGAGCACCGCAUGGUGACCCGAGCGAUCGAACGCGCCCAGACCCAGGUCGAGGGCCGCAACUUCGAGAUGCGCAAGCAUCUACUGAAAUACGACGACGUGAUGAACAAGCAGCGCGAGGCGAUCUACGCCUUGCGCCGCGAGAUUCUCGAAGGCGAGGAAACCCGCGAUUACUCGAUUCGGGUAGCCGGCGACAUCCUCGACGACGGCAUCGGCACCCACUGUCCAGACGACGCCGACCCGCGAGACUGGAACCUAACCGAGCUGUCAACCGACAUGCUUUAUGCCUUCGACAUCGACACCCACAAGAUCGAAGCAGACCUCGACGAACUCGGUAUCGAGGAGCUGCGCGAGACGCUGUGGAGCGAAAUCCAAGGCAAGUACGUGGCCAAGGAAGAGCGUCUCACCGAAGAGGUGAUGCGGGCCAUGGAACGCCACAUCAUGCUGCAGGUGGUCGACGGCUCUUGGAAGGAUCACUUGCUCGCCCUCGACCACCUCAAAGAAGGCAUCAACCUGCGCGCCCACGGUCAGCGCGAUCCGCUCAACGAGUACAAGCGUGAGAGCUUCGAGCUCUUCGACGCCAUGAAGACCCGGAUGGAAGAUCAGAUCAUCCGCGGCGUCUUCCGCGCCGAACCGGCCAGCGAGGAAGAGAUCGCCGAGCGCCGCCGGCAAAUGGCCGACCGGAUGCGCAAACGCUUCCAGUUCUCUGCCCCUGCCAAGACCCAAGCGCCCAAGAAAGUCGCCACCAUCCAACGCAACGACGAGAAAGUCGGUCGCAACGACCCCUGUCCUUGCGGCUCGGGCAAGAAGUACAAGAAGUGCCAUGGCGCCCGCAACCAGCUGGGCGCCGGCUAG